AUGAAAACACAAGAAGACCAAUGGAUGCCCUGCCCGCAAAUUGAAACAAAAUACCCAGGAUUAGCAUACUUAUGUCCUUUAAACGAAUUAAUUGUAGCGAAAAAACGCGACUCAUUACACAAUUUGUUCGGCAACAAUAUUAUUGGCUACACAAUAUACAAUGGACAAGGUCAAAAAGUUUUUCUCGCUGUUCAAAGGAAGGAAACCAAAAAAGAAAUUAAAAUAUUCAAUAGCUAUGGAAACGAAGUCAUACAUAUGCAAAGACGAGCGUUUUGCCUCAACAAGAUAUUAGUAUGGACGCCACCUGGUAGAUUCGUGGGGUCAGUGCAUUCUAAAUGUUUGAGAGUUUUUAUUAAAAACUACAAAGGAGAUGUAUUAAAGAUUAAACCGAGGGGUAUAUUUUGUUGCGCUCGAGACAUAUUCUCAGAGGGUGAACGGAUUGGCGAAGUGGCGACGAGGAAAUGCUUACACAGCAUCAAAAGUGACGUCAGUGUAGUUUUUCCGUUUGAAUUGGAUGUCGAGCUUAAAUCUAUUUUGCUGGGAGCGUGCUUUCUCAUCGGUUACUAG